CUCACAUUCAUUUCUAAGUUUUGCAGGAAACCUUUCUGGGGAUUCUGAUGAGUAUAAUCCUACCCAUGUGGAGAGGCAACUGGCGACCAUUAUUAAAACUCAAACUAGAGGAAGCUGAAACUGUAAUAGACACGGCGGAAGCCGUGGCGGAUAUAGUAGAAAAUUUGGCGGAGCAAGUGGAGAAAGUUGCGGAUGAGGUUGGCGAUCUUUUACCUGAAGGCAAACUCAAGGAUGCGCUUGAAAUUGUUGAAGAUUUGGCUGAUGAAACAGCUGAUGGUGCACGCAUAGCCGGAGACUUCAUUGACAAAGUAGAAGACACGGUAGACCAAGUGGAAGAAACGGUGGAAUCUUUAAUGAAACCAAACAGUGGUGAUGAAACCAAAGAGAAAAAUGAAACGGCUGAGGGCUAUGCUUAGGCAAAACAUGUUCUCGUUCAUCCACUGCAAUAAUUAAUUAGGAUGAAUACAGAGC